GCUGCUUUCACUCUGGAUACAGUGCAGUAGAUUUCUUGCAUAUAAGAAUAGUUCUGUAACUUGAAACUGCUAUUACUCAAACUUCAAAUCAUUUAUUCAUUUAUCAAAACUCGCAAUGACGAGAUUAUCAUUAGUUUUGUAUACACUGGUCUCCGUUGGAGGUAGUUUGGCUGUGGACUGUACCUACGAUGCCGUCUUACCGAUCAUGCCCGCCGGCGUAACUCUUGCCUUCGCCACACCCGUCGCUGCGAACGGGACUUUUAUAGUGCCAGAAGGUGAUCUCGGCUGGCCAAUGAAUCCUAUUAACCUGCCGAAACUCUGUGCUAUUGGCGCGACUGUUCCUGAUGAGUCCAAUAGCAAUUAUACUUUCGGGUUUGGGCUUUUCUUACCAGAUACAUGGAACGGACGGACACUUACUGUAGGCAAUGGUGGUCUUGCAGGAGGAGUCAAUUGGCAAGAUAUGGGCACCGGUGUAAAAUACGGCCACGCAGUAAUUUCCACUGAUACAGGCCAUAAUGGCAGUACCGUCGAUGCAACAUCGUUCUAUCAGAACACUGGCACCCAAGAAAAUUGGGGGUGGCGCGCAUUGCAUGAGAGUGUUGUGCUUGGUAAAAAUAUCACUGAGGCCUACUAUCAGACAGUCCCAAGUUACCAUUAUUACCAAGGAUGCAGUACUGGUGGUCGACAAGGCUUCAAAGAAGCACAGAUGUUCCCCCAAGACUUCGAUGGUGUGAUUGCCGGAGCACCAGCAUGGUGGACUUCCCGUCAACAAAUCUGGCAGUUCUGGACUGGAUAUGUGAAUUAUAUCUCCAACGCCAGCGAAAUUCCCUUCGAGAUGUUUGACACCAUAGGCCAAGAAGUUCUCCGCCAAUGUGACGGUCAAGAUGGACUUGUCGACACCAUCAUCUCCGACCCCCUCGGCUGCAACUUCGACACGCAUCCCUUGAUCUGUACCAACAGCACAAAUGCCACCAGCUCAUGUCUUACUUCUGCGCAAUUAGCCACAUUCGACACCCUGACCAACGACUUUACACAAACUAACUCCACCUUAGUGUUCCCAAAGUGGUUCCUAGGUUCGGAGCCUGACUGGUAUAUGAACAUUGAUGGCGGUUCACCUAAUAUCAUUGGGCUGGGCUAUAUCCAAUACAUGCUUGGUCUUGGGCCGGAAUGGGAUUGGCGCAAUUUCGACGAUUCAGUUGUGCAGCUGUCGGAGGAGUUAAAUGCUGGGCAAGCUGACGCCUCUGAUUAUGACCUGAGUCCUUUUAUUGAAGGAGGAGGGAAACUUAUACACUACCACGGGCUGGCUGAUGGUGGAAUAGCAACGGGUGCUAGUUAUUAUUUGUUCGAUCAGAUUGAUCGGACAUUGACGCCAAAGGGGGUUGCAUUAAGUGACUCGUAUAGAUUUUUUCCAAUCCCGGGCAUGGGGCAUUGUACCGGCACCGCUACAUUCGUUAACGCCCCUUACUACAUCGGCGGCAUCAGCAUGACCAAUAAUGGACAAUAUUCGGUCCGGGGGUAUCAAGACGCGGAGCACGAUGUACUGUUGGCGCUUAUGGAUUGGGUGGAAAAUGGAAAUGCGCCGGAUAGUAUCAUAGGGACUGCAUACGCUAAUUAUACGACUGAGGAUGUUGUGACGAGACAAAGACCUAUAUGUGCGCAUCCCAAGCAAGCUCGGUUCAAUGGCACUGGGGAUCCUAAUAAUGCGGCAAGUUGGACUUGUCAGAUGCUUUAUUAGAGUAUUGAAAAUUUGAAGAGAUGAAUGGAAGAAAAAGGGUGAAAUUGUGAGCUAUUCUAUUUAAGCUUAUAAACAAUAACUUGUUACGGUGAUGAGUCACGUGAUAGAUUGGAUCAGUAUAUAUAAUCUUUAUUCAAUUGUAUUAGAAUCAAUGCAAGGUGACGACUAGCGUAUA